AAAAGGGGAGAAAGUUCGUAAAGACCAGGAGAGAGAGAGAGGCUCUCUUUAAUCUGUUCCUUUUUUUCGUGUGUUUGUGUAUGAUUAGAUGGCGACGCCGGGGAUACAGAACGGCAGCGUUUCGGUGAUUGCAGCCGCGCCGGUGAUGGCGCCGGUGGAUCAGAACGGACACUCUGCUGCUGCUGCUGCUGCUGUGAAGCUCUCUUCUCCAAUUAGGAUAUUUUUGUUCUUCCACAAGGCGAUUCGGGCGGAGCUAGACGGCCUUCAUCGGACCGCCUUGGCGAUGGCGACGAAUAGAAGCGGCGGCGACAUCAAGCAGUUGACGGAGAAGUGCCAUUUCUUAAGGUCGAUUUACAAACACCAUUGUAAUGCCGAAGACGAGGUUAUAUUUCCGGCUCUUGAUAUCCGUGUGAAGAAUGUCGCCCAGACUUAUUCACUUGAGCAUGAGGGCGAAAGUGUGCUAUUUGAUCAGCUGUUUACGUUGCUGGGAAAUGAUAUGAUAAAUGAGGAAAGCUACAAAAGGGAGUUAGCUUCUUGUACAGGAGCCCUUCAAACAUCAAUCAGUCAGCACAUGUCCAAGGAAGAGGAGCAGGUUUUCCCCUUGCUUAAGGAAAAGUUCUCGUUUGAGGAGCAGGCAUCAUUAGUGUGGCAAUUCUUGUGCAGCAUACCUGUAAAUAUGAUGGCAGAAUUCUUGCCAUGGCUUUCAUCAUCAAUCUCACCAGACGAAAGGCAGGAUAUGCGUAAAUGCUUGCACAGAAUAAUCCCUGAUGAAAAACUGCUUCAACAGAUUAUAUUCAACUGGAUGGAUGGGGUAAAGAUGAGCAACAAGCGUAAACGUUGUGAGGAUGAUCCCAGAACUCCUAGUGACUCUGUUAAUCCAACUGUAAAUGGGCAAUGCCGUUAUGAAUCCCCUCAGCUUUCUGAUUGUAAUGACAUCAAAUGUCCGCUUCAUCUUCCAGUUGAUGAUAUAUUGCAUUGGCAUAAGGCUAUCGAGAAGGAACUGAAUGAUAUAGCUGAAGCAGCUAGAAAUAUAAAGUUAACUGGAGAUUUCUCUGAUCUAUCCUCUUUUAAUAGAAGGCUCCAAUUUAUAGCUGAAGUCUGUAUUUUCCAUAGCAUCGCUGAGGACAAAGUCAUAUUCCCUGCAGUAGAUGCGGAAAUCUCUUUUGUCGAGGAGCAUGCAGAGGAAGAGAGUGAAUUUCACAAAUUCAGAUGCUUAAUCGAAAGUAUUGAAGCUGCUGGAGCCAACUCUUCUGCUGAAUUUUAUUCCGAAUUAUGCUCACAGGCUGAUCAUAUAAUGGAGACCGUAAAGAAGCAUUUUCUCAAUGAGGAAAAUCAGGUUAUUCCGCUUGCAAGGAAGCAUUUCAGCCCUGAAAGGCAGCGAGAACUUCUAUAUCGGAGCUUAUGUGUGAUGCCACUGAGAUUGAUCGAAUGUGUCUUGCCAUGGUUGGUUGGAUCACUGAGUAAAGAAGAAGCUCGGCGUUUUCUUUAUAACAUGCAUAUGGCAGCUCCAGUGUCGGACACAGCUUUAGUUACUUUGUUCUCUGGCUGGGCAUGCAAAGGUCUUCCUAUGGGAAUAUGUUUGUCUUCUAGUGAAACUAGUUGUUGUCCUGCAAAGGAGCUUAAAGUAGAACAAGAGCAUUUUGGCAGAUCCUUUGGUUCAUGUGCCUGUGCAAGUACCUCUGAUAACAGUACUACUUUCGAACAAGCGCGCAAGUGUGUAAUGAUGGUCAAGCUGGGAAACCUUGCUUCCACACAAAGUAAUAGUUGCAUUGAAUCCCCAAAAGAUUUUCUCACUAACCAAUCUUGUUGUGUUCCUGGCCUAGGAGUCAAUAGCAAUAGUCUAGGAGUGAGUUCCUUAGCCGCAGCAAAAUCUUUGCGUUCUUUAUCUUUUGGUCCAAGUGCUCCUUCUCUCAAGUCUAGUCUUUUCAACUGGGAAGCAGAUAAUAAUAGCUCCAGUAGCAGUGGCCAUGUAACACGACCGAUCGACAACAUCUUUAAGUUUCACAAAGCCAUCCGGAAAGAUUUGGAAUUUCUAGAUGUCGAAUCUGGGAAACUUGGUGAUUGUGACGAAACUUUUCUCAGACAAUUUAGUGGCAGAUUUCGUCUUUUGUGGGGCUUGUACAGAGCUCAUAGUAAUGCGGAAGAUGAUAUCGUAUUCCCAGCCUUGGAAUCGAAGGAAACUCUUCAUAAUGUAAGCCAUUCUUACACCUUGGACCACAAGCAGGAAGAAGAACUCUUUGAGGAUAUCUCGUCUGCACUAUCUGACCUCUCUCAACUCCACGAGAAUUUGAACGCGAAAAAUGUGACUGGAAACUCGGGUGGAAGUUCCGCUAGUUCUUCAGGUCACGCCGAUUAUUUGAAAAAAUAUAAUGAGCUGGCGACAAAAAUUCAAGGAAUGUGCAAAUCCAUCAAAGUAACUCUGGAUCAUCAUGUUAUACGUGAAGAGGUUGAACUGUGGCCAUUAUUUGACAAAUAUUUUCCCGUCGAGGAGCAAGACAAACUCGUUGGCCGCAUAAUUGGCACAACAGGAGCAGAGGUGCUUCAGUCAAUGCUACCUUGGGUAACAUCCGCUCUUACUCAAGAAGAGCAAAAUAAGAUGAUGGACACAUGGAAGCAUGCAACUAAGAACACUAUGUUCAGUGAGUGGCUUAAUGAAUGGUGGGAAGGGACUUCAGCAGAAUCUUCACAGGUUUCCACAUCAGAAAAUAAUAUCCCACAAGAAUAUGAUUUGCAUGAAUCCGUGGAUCAAAGUGAUCACACGUUUAAGCCUGGGUGGAAAGAUAUAUUCCGAAUGAACCAAAACGAGCUUGAAUCGGAGAUAAGGAAGGUUUCUCGUGAUUCAACCCUUGAUCCAAGAAGAAAAGCUUAUCUUAUUCAAAACCUAAUGACCAGUCGGUGGAUAGCUUCCCAGCAGAAAAUUUCCCAGUCGGAUGAAGUUGAUGAUGGUAAAGAUUUACUCGGUCAUUCCCCAUCAUUUCGUGAUGCUGAUAAACAAAUCUUCGGCUGCGAGCAUUAUAAAAGAAACUGCAAGCUCCGGGCUGCUUGCUGUGGCAAAUUGGUAGCAUGCAGGUUUUGCCACGAUGAAGUCAGUGAUCAUUCAAUGGAUAGGAAGGCAACAUCUGAAAUGAUGUGUAUGAAUUGCCUACAGGUUCAGCCAGUUGGGCCGGUUUGCAUAACCCCUUCUUGCAAUGGACUAUCAAUGGCGAAAUACUAUUGUAGUAGCUGCAGAUUCUUUGAUGAUGAACGGGAGGUUUAUCAUUGUCCUUUCUGCAAUUUGUGCCGUGUUGGGAAAGGACUCGGCAUAGACUUCUUUCAUUGCAUGACAUGCAAUUGUUGCUUGGGAAUGAAACUAGUGAACCACAAGUGCAGGGAGAAAGGUCUUGAAACUAACUGCCCAAUAUGCUGCGACUUUUUGUUCACAUCAAGUACAGCUGUGAGGGCUCUUCCAUGUGGUCAUUACAUGCAUUCCGCUUGUUUCCAGGCAUAUGCGUGCACCCAUUACAUCUGUCCCAUUUGCAGCAAGUCGAUGGGAGACAUGUCGGUCUACUUCGGCAUGCUUGAUGCUUUGAUGGCUUCAGAGGUUCUUCCAGAAGAAUAUAGAGACCGGUGUCAGGAUAUCUUAUGUAACGACUGCGAUAGAAAAGGAAUUGCGCCAUUUCACUGGCUGUACCACAAGUGUGGCCUAUGUGGUUCGUACAAUACCAGAGUAAUCAAGGUCGAUAGAGAUCAUAAUUGUAUAACGUAGUUUAACUAAUGAAGGCGAUUUUAUUUCUUUCCAACAAUUUGUUUAAUGGGCUAUUGCAUGUUGAUUAAGUGAGUAUUUCGUGACGAUUUUAUUUUAUUUAUUUUUUACACGAGGAAUAGAUAGAAUGUUAGACGAGAUGACCUAAUGCUUUAGAGUAACUCUACUUCCUACGGGUAUAUAUGAGCAUAAUAAAAUAGAUGGAGUUUUUGCUCCAAUUUGCCAUGUUGUGUUGUAUCUUCGACUUUGGACGUGUUUUCGUAUACGAUAUAUUUGCUAGCGGAUCUUUGGA